AUGCCUGAUCUAGUCGACCUUGAUGAGGUUCCGAACUGUCCGAGCCAUCCACCUGCGGCCUCCCUCGUCUCCGGUCUUCUUGACUCUGUCUUGACACCGGGCUCGGGCGAGGGAGGAGGAGAGAGUGUAGGUAGAUGCUACGCAAGUCUACCGGCACUAUAAACCCCUGCGUAAGUCACCGUCCCUGCUCCCAUUGCUGCUGCAACUGUGGGGCACACGGUGGACAUCAUCGAAACCGAUGGUCGAACUGUCAUCACUCCUCCACGCGUGGCAAUUCGCGGCAGUAGAUGUGGACAGUUCAAUCCAUUCUCUUCGCCAACGACGCAGACUGAAUACCGAAGGCCCAAGAGCCACCUCCAUGUCUUGACGAACUGUGGCGAGCCAGGUUUUGAAUUGACCCCCUUUUUCGACGCCUCUAAUCGGGUAACGGUGCCGGAUCUAGGGCAGUAACACUGUACUCCUGAGGUGGACGACGAAGAACAUGCCCAAACCACUUCAGUCGCCUUUCUUGGAUGGUCUGGGUUAUCCUUGCCAUGUUGUCGCAGCGACCGCCGACUGUCUCAUUUGAGAAGAAGUCGAUGUACUUCACUCGAAGGAUGGUCCUCAAGCAGUGGUGGUCAAAUACCUCCACUUUUCGCUCGUCCUCCACGCGCACAGCCUAGAAUUUACAACCAUAGGGAAGGACAGACCGGACAGAUGCACGGUACACACAGAUCUUAGUGACGAUGGAGAGGUCGUGCCGGAUCCAUAGGCAUUUUUCAAGGCUUGAGAAAACCCGUCGGGCAGCAUCAAUACGGGAGACAAUGUCAUCCUUAGUCUGCCCAUUUGGCAGCAGCCUCGCCCCGAGGUAUUUAAAACUGUCCACUUCAUCAAGUUGACAGUCAUCAAACCACGAGAGGCACCUAUGCGCAUCCUCUGUCUUCUUACCGAUGCGACACGAUGAGUGUAGGAGGACGCGACGAGGUCUGAGCCACGCCGGUCUUCCUUGCUUCAGUUCGAAUAAACUUAUCGAUGACCCCCGCACUGGUAGUGGUGGUGGUGAUGGUGGUUCUGGUCCGCCACAAUACCACCAAAGUGUAGGUUCGCAGUUGAACCAGAGCCUAGAGUGCUGGGAACCUACUGCGGAAGUGGUUGCAUCAGCAACGUCAGCGCCAGCAUCGGCGGCGGGGCACAUGUCACCGCAUACAACUGGUGCCAGUGUUGGGCGUGUGGUGAAAAGACUUGUAGACGCGUCCUCGAGCGUGAUGCAUGCCAGAGGCGCAUAAUGCCACUUACUUGACUUGGACGUGCUGGUCCUUGACGUGGCGAAACGUACGGUAAGGAGGGGACCCAGACACAUUAGCCGCGGAUCCAGCGUCCAGUAAAUACCUUGCUUUUUCUCCGUCUUUAGAAGACCGCAGGUUCAGCAGGUCGUCGAGCGCCUCGUUGGCUGCAGACUGCCUGUGGUCGUUUGAUCAGCCAACUGCUGAUCGCCAAGCCGCGCGCACCGACUGAAGCUGAGGCUGACACGGACUGCACCCCGUCGCCCGCUUGCACCACCACCACCACCACUGCGGCCGCUACCAGUGGCCGGGGCACAGCGGUUCACGACCUCAUUCUGGCCGUGCUGGAUGUCAUCGGAGGCGCCCAGUCCGCCGAUCCGAGACGCAUCCCUGCUGUUGCUGGUGCGCUCGCGCGUAUCCUCGCAACGCCACCGUCGCCGCCGACGACGACGACAGCGCAGCCUUCCGCGCUCGAAAAGUCCUCGUCGGUCGUCUCGAAGGAUCAAGCCUGGAGGGAUCGGUACUACCGCAGUUUGGCACCACAAGUAAAUGAUCCUGUCCCUUUUCUUUACUCUGCCAGUUUCCGUGGUACUACUUGUGAAGUAGCCAACAGUUUUACGUUUACGUUAAACUACUAGAAUCGUUAACCGUAAACAUUAUAGAGGACUAAAACAUGUGCUGGCCCCAACAUACGCCAUUCCUGAAUAACUUCUUAACGCUGCAAUAUUCGUCCCGAACAUUCCCAGUCGUUCCUUUGGUUUGAGAGGACAGAAUGCGUCGAUCCAUAGUUUUUUUUAAAUGUAGGCUGACGCGAAUUGUUGAUUAGCGCAAGGACUCAGUGCAAUAUUGGCCGACAUUUUUCAAUGCGUUUUCAAUCGAGAGAGAUUUCGUAGCUGCAGUUGUAUUUCUAGUUGGCAGCGUACGUGAUCACGCAUCACUUCCUCUCGGGCAUCAUGCUGCCUUUGAUCUGACCACCUCUUCAAGUGUCAACUCAAUGCCGCCACUUAAGUAGCAUGCAUAUUUGUUUUUCCGCACAUCUCAUGGACGGGGCGUGUAAAUAGUUGAAGAGUAGCGCAAGUGCGACACUUCAUUGAAUACUGGCAUUUUAUGAGAAAAUGCCACAUUACUAAAUUGCAAAUCUGCUGUCUAAGGGAAGAGCCUAUUUUCGUCAAAAAUUACUUAUAUCUUCAUUUGACCCAAAUUUGGAAAAUUGAGUGGCCUCAGUGGGAUCCGAACCUACGAUUACAACUAGAGUUCUAACUACCUGGCUACGAAGCCCACCGGAGGCCUCGAGUUCAAUGAGAUUUGGGUUAAGUUGACUGCCUAGCUUACGGCAAUGUAAGGAAUCAACUAAAUCUAAUACGGUAAGUAUAGAAAAGUAAAACACGCGUUGGCCCUAACAUAUCAAGUGAGUGACCGGUCUCAUGAAAUGUUAGCCGAAAUUUCGAAUUGCGUUUUCGACAAGGUGGGGUUGUAAUAUUGAUUAUCAUGCAGCAUAAUUCUAGUGGACUUGCCAGGAUGUCUUCGCAUUGUAAUCCCUAAGAACGGUUAUCUUUUGGUUUGAAAAAGUUUAUGAUUAUGAGAUUUUUAAGACCGCACAGUGUCAUACAUACAGCAUCCAAAUUUCCGUUUAUUAGUUCUCCUCACGAAUGUACAACAUAGUCCGCAUCCAUUGCAAAAUCGUAUGAACUCUAUAUGAUAUCUUCUUAAAGACAGAGGAAUAUAUGAUUUCCCUUACGUGGAAAACAUACGCCUUGUAGUCUGAAGCCGCUAAACCCUAGUGCAACGGCUGAUCCAGCUCAAAAUUAUUCGGAAAUCGGAAAACUUUUCCAAAACCAGAAUAUACACUUUCUUCGGGUUUAGAAUGUGAAGGAAAUUUGAUUUUCUGCCAAAACGUGAGAGAAAGCAUAUUUUUGUGCAUGUUUUUUAAAAACAAAAUAUGUUUGAAUAUAUAAGACCAGCGGAAAUCACUGUGAAAAAUGCAUGCCACCUAAAUAGUCAUUUUUAUUGACUGUAGUUUCUGAAGGAGAUCUGAGAAAGCGCAUUUAAAGGCCGGCAUCCUGGCGAGUCCAAAAUAUUCAAGAAUUAUGCUACAUGAUAAUCAAUAUUACAACCCAACCUAAGUAAUCCUUCCUUGUUGAAAACGCAUUUCAGAAUUUUGGUCAACAUUUCAUGAGAUCGGUCACGCAAUGUACGCCUUUCCUGAAUAGCAUCUUAGCACUGCCUGUGCUUUCGUAACACUGCAAUCUUCGUCUCGAACAUUCCCAGUCGAACAAUUUUUUCUACUUCGUUUUAUUUGGUUUGGGAGGGCAGCAUGCGUCGAUCCAUAGCUUUUUAAAAUGUAGGCUGACUUGAAUUGUUGGCAAGUGCAAAGACUCACGCAAAAGUUACCGGCAUUUUUGGAUGCGCUUUCAGUCGAGAGAUUACGUAGCUGAAGUUGUAUUGCUAGUUGGCAGCAUACGUGAUCACGCAUCACUUCCUCUCGGGUAUCACGCUGCCUUUUGCCUGAUCACCUCCGCAAAUUUCAACUUAAUGCUGCUACUUAGGUAGUAUGCGUAAUUGUUUUUUCCUCAUAUUUCAUGGACGGGUUAUGUAAAUAGUUGAAUGGUAGCGCAAGUGCGACGCUUCAUUUAAUACUGGCAUUUUAUGGGAAAAUGCCGAAUUACUCAAAUGCAAAUCCGCCGUCUCAGAGAAGAGCCUAUUUUCAUGAAAAAGUACCUACAUCUUCAUUUGACCCAAACUGCAUGCUCUUCAUUUCUUCUGAUGUAAACUGACUUACUCCUACAUGUCUCUAUAAAGGGGCCUACUAUGUUUUCUGCACGGUUUUUCUCGUCUCUUUUGUAAGUUUUACGGAAAUUAUCCGGCAACUCACAAAAUAUAAAUACAAAGCAGGUGUCACUGCACUAUUAUUCACAACGCCCUCUCCCUGUAGAUCGUUUUCUACCGAGCGAUUAUGUCUUCCCCCCCCCCUACACGGUCCCAACGGGAUCAAAUUUUAAGCAAACACCAGAAUUCCUGCUUUGCUUUUGCUUACCACGGCCAUCCAUGGCAACGACCAGUCACAGAUGCCUAUCUUACGGGAAAGGUGGUAAUAGGGGUUGUACAGGCGGUGCCCAUGCACGCAUAGAGGAAUAGCAAAAUAAGUAUAGAUAAUUGGUAAGGGUUGCAUUGACAUAUAGCAACCGAAAUUAAGCAGGACAAUAAAAAAAAAUAAACAGUAAGUGUUCACAACGAUCUCUUCUCAACUCUCGGAGCUGAGGCCAUUGUAGAUAAUGCACCAGACUGUCCACAACAGACGACCCAACCUUGUACGAUGAAACACCAAAUCGAAAUAAUCGUGUCGGACUAAAACCCACCUAAAUAACUAUAGUAGGUAUUCCUUGUACGCCACAGAUGCUUGGGGACCUUCACCCUAUCCUUAUCUCAUCCAUUUUCCAAAAAGAUUGUGGACCUUUUGAAAACCAGAAGCACCACCCAAAUCGGCGAUAGUCAGGCCUCUCGUCGUGCCAUCGAGCGCAUAGGUCAUCUGUUGGCGAUUAACACAAUUCACGAAAUCUGCCAACGGAACCUGAAUCUCGGUGCCGAACUCUUCCUGGAAGCUCCCCUGCUCCGACCCCUGCGCCGCAUGAUUGCCCCGAAUUCCACCGAUGGAGGGUCGCAUCACCAGCCGGAGGGGCCAAUCGAUGCCUCGGACAGUUGCGAACUCCUCUCCAGUCGCGAGUUACGAAGACUUGUGCGAUUUUGUGCUGACGUGAGUGAAUUUGCCUCAAACACACACGCUUUUAGCGCGUUUUGUACAUUCUUUUGAUUUGGCCUUCUACCAGUAGUUUUCUAGCCUCCCUUUGUCAUUGCCUGUAGGGUGACUGACUGAAUUUGCUCGGAUUGCCUGCGUAUUUGCUGGAGGCUUCGUGAUGAGUCCGGGGAAGGCGGGGAGGGGGGGGGGCAGGAACCAUGGGAGACGGAGCCUGUCUGUUAGCCCAUCGGUGCGCUACUCGGCACCUCCAGAAAUGGCCUGCAGCCAAACAACCUUCAGUAGAAGUUGGUUGUGGGCUAAGCGGGCUCUCGGGUCUAACACACACACGAUCGUACCGUCUUCAGGUGUGGCUUAGCACCAUUCUCGCAAAUCGGUCUUCCGUAAGACGGUCAUAAGGGAGAGCUUUAGUUCGAUAUGGCGAAUGUUGCAAACCAUUGUCGCUGUUCGACGCAAAUUCUCAACCCUAAAUUUGUGUCGGAGUGACAGAGGGAGACAGCCUUCUUCGGAUCCAGCCAUUACGCGAAACCAUUCUUCAGAGAAGCCGCCCCCCAACACCGCUAUCCAGCGCAUUACGGUUUCACAGGACUCGUGGAUGACCGAGAAGCUCGGCUCCGCGCUCUGUAGUUGGACUUACAGCCGUUGCAUAACUCUUGAAGCAACAAUUUAUUAUUUAACAACAGCAAAAACACGAUAAGGGAUCAGGUGUGCUCCCUGUCGCAAGUUGACUACGCCUAGAAUGCCCACCAUCCAUUGAAGCCGUGGGUAUGAAUUAGCCAUCUGUGGUGCCAGUGACUCAAAUCGUCGAUAGCGGCACCCGAGAUGCCUGAGGAGUCAUUUUAUUAUUACAGUUGAUAUAAUAUGGGUUCGAUUUAGUAAAAAGACGGGGCUCAGGUAUACGUGUACAGAAAUUGGCUCCACAGCGGGAUGACAGACUACCUCAAAUUACUGUACAGGUUAGGAACACUGGAAGUCAUGAAGGCAUUGAACCCUGGGACUCUGGUGGGAACUCGACCAGUUAACGAUCGGUUCUUCCGCCCGAAUUCCGAAUCUUUUGUGAAUAAAAACACCAGGAAUCGGCCGAUACUGUUUAUCUGGCUUGUGACAUACGACACGUCCUAGUGACCGGGGGCUCGAACUUCAGAAUAAUCCGUUGUUAGACAACGUGGCCAUUGAGAUCCGAACUAAAGCGAUUCUGGCGAAUAUGGCUUCUGGACUGUCACUAGUAUGAAUGAAGGCGAAAUUUCGAGUUCCACGUGUAGGCAUAAGUGAAGAAGAGGAGUCGAGCACUGGAACACUUUGUUUAUUGUCCUGAGCUUUCAGACUCGUACAGGAGUCCAUCGUCAGAGGUAGUAGCAGUAACAGAACAAGCGACAAUUAUAAGGCAUGUAGGCCAAUCAUCGACUGGCGGCGCAAGACUGGAGGUGACUACGCAGAGCUCUGCAUGCCGGCGCCAGAUCGGUAAAUCGAUUGACCAAAUUCUCAUUCGAGGCCCAGGCUUCAAUCAAUUCUCGGGCUGUUUUGUUUCCGGUGUGGGCGACUAUUUUGGUGGCUGCGAAAUUAAACUCGUGGCCCAUUUCGUAGGUGUGGGCGGCCAAUUGCGAUCUGGAGUAGUGUAUCACAUUCCGUGUCAAAAUUGCCCUUGCAACUACACAGGGCAGACUGGGCGCAUGUUCGGGUCGCGCAUGCACGAACAAAAGCUGACUGUGCGACGAGGCGGCGCAUUAUCACAAGUGGCCGCCCACACCUACGAAAUGGGUCACGAGUUUAACUUCGCAGCCACCAAAAUAGUUGCCCACGCCGUAUUUGCCGUAGGGUGACUAUUUCGCCAUCAAUCCCGCCAUCCAAAGAGGCGGCUUCUCCAGCAGUUUUCUUUAAUUCUACGUCGGACUCGCUCCUGUUUACGGCCCUCUAUGAUCUCGCACACGUCGAACAGAGCAAUGUCUUCUCGUCCCAGACCUUGCUUGCUCGCACCGCGAAAUUGUCUUGCGUUGGGUUUUUUGAGGAAGGACGCUCCGGUUCACAUCGCAUAGCCUUUCCUCCCUGCGAAUUCGAUUAGAAACCGAACCCUGGUAGGGCCGAAGUACAGCUUGACAGCAUCACGCCGUCGUAGAUGCCAUCGACAAGAGCCUUGUCGCGGUCUACUAUUUUAGACACCGUCUUUUUUAGCUACUGAUAGGAAAACAGUAGGAGGAGAUAGUUCGUUUGGUAACACCUCUGCGCAACUCGUGCCUCGAGUCCCGCUGUAGGGUUCAUCACAAGGCAACGUUUGAGCGUACGAGACUACGGUCAGAGCCGUCCUUGCUCUAAGACUGCGAAAUAUGUCACAUAGGAGCCGCUACUCUGAGGGAAUGGAGGUGUUCGACAUUAGUGCCUCCGGAGAAUACUACGAGUUCGGUUGACGGACAGUGCCUCGAUCAGUGCCGAUCAGGGACACCUACUGCUGGACCACUGAAGAUCAUGCCCGCUAUUCUUCCUCUAAGAAGUCCUGCCCAAGUCGGUGCCAGGCCGUGGUGAGUAGCAAAAAAGUCAGCAUUUAUGGUUAGGUCGGACCUGAAGGGGGGUGCUGAGAAAUCAGCCGGCUAUCAAAAGCACGGAUCACACCGAAUCCUGAUCUGGAACUGAACUCUUGAACUGACGAUGGUAGCUGCUACAACUAUGAGUAAGUCAGUCGGAUUUCUGAGAGUUAACCAUCUUCCCCUUUCUGUCCUUCACAGCUCUUGGACACGGUUCACCCCUCACAGGCCAUGCUCACCCUCCUGAUGCGCCAUUCUCAACCUCUGUUCCAUCUCUUUGCCAGCCAUUUGGCGUUAACGGAAGUAGACGAACAACAGCCAGCAUCGGAUGGCAACUCCCUGCUGUAAGUGGUUCUAUUCUGCUCGAUGCUAACAUUGUACACCGGAUAUGUUUUGAACCGAGCUAAAGAGUUCAGUGCCUUAAUUAGGCAGGACAACCCCGUUUCUCCCCACAUACUUCAAUGAUUGUCAAUGGGAUUUCCAGAGGCAGCGAAUGCUGCCGAAAUUUCGACAGGAGUUUGACAAACCUGGCGAGCAUGCUACCCUUACGGUCCCUGAGAUGUCCAGCACACCGCGAGGGAUGCAGCCUACAAUCACGUUGUUCGUCCACUGCUGUAACGGGCUGCGUUGUUAUGUCGGACCUAAAUGGGCGCCGUAGAGCUGCGUAGCACGCUCUAGACGGAGGCUGUACGCCACCUUAGCCACUGUGUCCUAUCUCAUCUCCAGACGGCUUUUCUGCCGAGUAAUAAAUCCGACGCGCCUUUGAGGUAUCACGGUAGGAAGCGUCUUGACUAGGGAGGUUACAAACUAGGCUAAAGACCAAACUACUGUGUCUCCCCAGUGCGACCCUUAUGGCGACUAAAACAGGCCGAUUUAGCGGGCAUCAGCCUUGGUGAGUUCUGGUUCUCGUGGAGCGAGGGACCAACACUCACGUGGUCCGCGUAGACGGGACCUCUUUUGCUAUGUUGAUCGGCGCAGUUAACUUGAUUGGAACUUGGCCCUGAUUCAGAAUGGAUGUGAAUUCGCUCAAUUCCCAGCCAUUCUCUGACGCAGUGGUGAUCACUGCCGAUUUCGAUGGACGGACUUAUUUGAUGCUUUAUUUACAUCAUAUGCAUCAUAUUAUUUAUUAUCAUAUUUAUCAUUUUAUUUAUUAAUUAUUUAUAUUCUAUUUGACUUUAUUAUUAGCCGCGGCCUUGAGUCAGUACUCCUCGCCCUCCUUAAGGCCAGCGAAGCCUCGGCGGUGGAUCUUCUCCGCGGCUGGCUAGGCCUGGACAGUCUCGACUCCACAGCGUUUGAGCCCGCCCCACCACCGCCCUCCCGGCCGUUCCCGGUGCGUCCCGGAGUUGUCCUAAGACCCAGUUAUCUUGUCUCUCAGUCCUGCGAGGAGUCCGAGGGAGAAGAAGAAGAAGAGGAGGAGGCGGAGGUCGUGCCUCUUGUCCGCGUUUGUCUUCUUGCCGAAUCCUCUUCCCUCAACCCCCUCCUCAACAUCUCCGCGUACGUUGCAGCCGCAAUGCAUCUGCUGCAUGACUUCUGCCCCGAGGCAGGGGCGGAAACCACUGAGGGGGUAGAAACCGACCAGACGUCUCCGGUGUCAGAGGAGCAGUUGAAGGACAGCCUGUUCUCCCAAAUGGAGAGCGAUAUGCCCACCACCACCACCGCCACCACCCCCACCACCUUACCCUCACUCCUUUUCAUCAGCCUCAUAUCGGUGAGUUGCAACGGCCUUGUUUGA